GACUAUCCCAUUCGCGGUCUGUGUUGGUUAGGGCUCGGAAGCAAAGUGUAAGGAUGGCAUUACCUCAGUCUGAUAUCGAGAAGAGGAAGCAGAUUAGCGUGAGAGGAAUAGCACAAGUGGAAACUGUAUCUACACUAAAGAAAUCGUUUAAUCGGCAUCUGCAUUACACUCUUGCCAAAGACCGAAAUGUUUCGACACCGAGGGACUACUAUUUUGCUUUAGCCCAUUGUGUUAGAGACAAUUUAGUCUCAAGAUGGAUCAGGACACAGCAGUAUUAUUACGAAAAAGACCCAAAGAGGAUAUACUACCUCUCACUGGAAUAUUAUAUGGGCCGUUCCCUUCAGAACACGAUGAUUAACCUUGGCAUCCAGAAUGCAUGUGAUGAGGCAAUGUAUCAGCUGGGGUUAGAUAUAGAAGAGUUAGAGGAACUUGAGGAAGAUGCUGGUUUGGGUAAUGGAGGCCUGGGGCGCCUUGCCGCAUGUUUCUUGGACUCGAUGGCAACACUUGGGCUUGCUGCUUAUGGAUAUGGAAUUCGAUAUGAGUAUGGUAUAUUUGCUCAAAAAAUCAAGAAUGGAGAACAGGUUGAAGAGCCAGAUGACUGGUUAAGAUUUGGAAAUCCAUGGGAGAAGGCACGGCCGGAAUACAUGCUACCAGUGAACUUCUAUGGGAGAGUGGAAGAUACUCCCCAGGGCAAGAAAUGGGUUGAUACACAGAUUGUGUUUGCAAUGCCAUAUGACAGUCCAAUUCCAGGAUAUGGUAACAAUGUGGUCAAUACUUUGAGACUGUGGUCAGCAAAGUCACCUGUUGAAUUUAACCUCAAAUUUUUCAAUGAUGGUGAUUAUAUUCAGGCUGUAUUGGACAGAAACCUUGCAGAAAAUAUUUCACGUGUAUUGUACCCCAAUGAUAAUUUCUUUGAGGGUAAAGAACUAAGACUGAAACAAGAGUAUUUCAUGUGUGCUGCAACCCUUCAGGACAUAAUACGUCGCUUCAAGGCCUCUAAAUUUGGCAGCCGUGAUGCUGUGAGAACCUCAUUUGAUCAAUUUCCAGAGAAGGUUGCAAUACAACUAAAUGACACUCACCCAUCAAUGGCUAUUCCAGAGUUGCAACGAAUUCUUGUGGAUGUUGAAGGUUUACCUUGGGAGAAGGCUUGGGAUAUUGUGGUACGUACCUGUGCAUACACAAACCACACUGUGCUACCUGAAGCUCUGGAGAGGUGGCCUGUGCAUAUGAUUGAAAGAAUUUUGCCACGGCACAUGCAGAUCAUCUACCACAUCAAUCAUAUCCAUCUUGAGGAGGUUGGCAAGAAGUACCCUGGAGACCUAGACAAACUACGACGUAUGUCUCUGAUUGAAGAACAUGGUGAAAAGAGGGUCAACAUGGCACAUCUUUGCAUUGUUGGUUCACAUGCUGUAAAUGGAGUUGCAGCUAUUCAUUCAGACAUUCUGAAGAAAGAUGUGUUCCAUGACUUUUAUGAGAUGACACCUCAUAAGUUUCAGAACAAGACAAAUGGAAUAACCCCUAGAAGAUGGUUGCUGCUCUGCAACCCCGGACUGGCUGAUCUCAUUGCGGAGAAAAUUGGUGAAGACUGGAUUGUGCAUUUGGAGCAGCUGCAGAAACUAAAGGCAUUUUCAAAGGAUGCAACAUUCCAGCGAGCUGUCAUGAAGGUCAAACAGGAGAACAAGCUGAAACUGGCCCAACUGCUAGAAAAAGAGUAUAAUGUGAAAGUAAAUCCUGCUUCAAUGUUUGACAUUCAGGUGAAGAGAAUCCAUGAAUACAAGCGUCAGUUGCUGAAUUGCCUUCAUAUAAUAACAAUGUACAAUAGAAUUAAAAGGAACCCUAAUGUCAAGAUCUCACCUCGUACUAUUAUGAUUGGUGGCAAGGCUGCUCCAGGUUAUUAUAUGGCAAAGAAGAUUAUCAAACUAAUAUGCAGUGUUGGUAAUAUUGUGAACAAUGAUCCUGUUAUUGGUGACAAACUAAAAGUGAUCUUCCUGGAGAAUUAUAGGGUGACUCUGGCAGAAAGAAUAAUGCCAGCAGCAGAUCUGAGUGAACAAAUCUCCACAGCAGGCACUGAAGCUUCAGGAACCGGGAACAUGAAGUUCAUGUUGAAUGGUGCUCUCACAAUUGGCACAUUAGAUGGUGCAAAUGUAGAAAUGGCAGAAGAGAUGGGCCGUGAUAAUAUUUUCAUCUUUGGCAUGACUGUUGAUGAAGUAGAAGAACUGAAGAAGCGUGGCUACAAUGCUUACGAUUACUAUAAUAGUAACCCUGAAAUUAGGCAGUGUAUUGAUCAGAUACAGAACGGUUUCUUCAGCCCAGGCAACCCUGAUGAGUUCAGAGAUGUUGCUGACAUGCUAAUGAAGUAUGACAGGUUCUAUUUGUUAGCUGACUAUGAAGCAUAUAUUAAGUGCCAAGAAAAAGUUGGUGAAGUGUACCAGAACCAGAGCAAGUGGACAGAAAUGGCAAUAAAUAAUAUUGCUUCAUCUGGGAAGUUCUCAAGUGACCGCACAAUAGCAGAAUAUGCCAGAGAAAUUUGGGGUGUGGAACCCAGUUGGGAAAAACUUCCAGCACCGCAUGAACCACGUGAAGAGGAUGCUGCCAAAGAAGCACCCUCCAAACAAGCUAAGAAGUAGAAUGGCUGCCUCCGGAAAGACCGUUUCUGUGUGGCACACUCUGCUGCUGUGUGCAAGAAAUGUUUAGUGCGCUUACUGUAAAGAAAAGAACAUUUCUUUGCUGGGCAGGUCUGCCACUGAAAGACUCUUGUGUGUAUAAGAGUGCUGACAUCAUGUAAAUACAUUGUGCUAUUUUCAGAAAUAAAAGUAAACUAAAUUUAA